AUGAGCGCCGCGGACGUCUUCGCGUACCUGGAGACGGGCGCCGCCGUCGGCGGCCGGGACGCGGACGUCACGCGCGUCGAGCGCGGCGCGCGCACGACGCUCACGCGGGACGGCGAGCCCGUCGACGCCGCGUGGGCGAAACGCGCGUUCGAGACGGAGGGCGCGACCGUGCGGCUCCGGUGCCCCGCGGACUCCAACGAGCGCGUCCACGCGCUCUGCCGCUGCCUCGAGGACGAGUUCGGCUCGACCGUGGGCGCCAACAGCUACCUGACGCCCGGCGGCGCGGCCCAGGGCUUCGCGGCGCACUGGGACGACGUCGACGUCUUCGUGCUCCAGACCGAGGGCUCCAAGACGUGGCAGAUCUUCGCGCCGGACGCCGACGACCUGAAGCUGCCGCGCGUCUCCAGCCAGGACUUCGACGACGAGGCCCUCGACGCCCUCUACGGGACCCUGCGCGCCGAGGUCACGCUCGACCCGGGCGACGUGCUCUACCUGCCGCGGGGCUUCGUGCACCGCGCGGCCACGGGCGCCGCGCCGAGCCUCCACGUCACGCUGUCGGCCCACCGCGCCAACGCGUGGAUCGACCUCCUCGAGCGCCUCCUGCCCAAGGCCCUCGAGAGCGCGCAGCGCGGCGACUGCGGCCUCCGCAAAGCGCUCCCGCGCGACUACGCGCACUUCCUCGGCGUCGCGCACGCCGGCGACGACGGCGACGACGACGACGAGCCCGCGGACGACGACGACGACGACGACGACGGCGACGACGACGACGACGACGACGACGGCAGCGUCGCCGAGGUCGCGGCCGUCGCGUACGACGGUGAGAUCCCCCGGGGCGCGCGCGCGCAGCGGCGCCGCCGCGCGGACUUCGCGCGCGAGGCCGCGGCGAAGCUCAAGGAGGUCCUCGCGCACGCCCUCGCGGCCCUCGACGACGCCGCCGACGACCUCGCGGCCGACUUCGUCGCCGAGAAGCUGCCGCCGCCGACGCCCGCGGCCGCGGCGCCGCCGGUCGCGGCGUCGUCGCGCGUCUACGCGGCGAACCGCCGCGACGCGCGGCUCUGCCUCGCGCCCGACGGCCGCGUCUUGCUCUACCACGCGCGCGCGAACGCGGUCCAGCACCGCGCGCGGCCCGUCGCGUGCCUCGAGUUCGAGGCCGACGACGCGCCCGCGCUCGAGGCGCUCCUCGCGACGCACCCGGCGCGGCCCGCGCUCGUGUCGUCGCUGCCCCACGACGGCGGCGACGACGACCGCGUCGGCGUCGCCGAGGCCCUCGUCGCCGAGGGGCUCCUCGUCGUCGCCGAGAACCACCGCGGCGGCGACGACUCGGGGGACAGCGACGACUCGGAGGACGAGUAA